AACCCUCAGGAACAACAGUAUCCCCUCCAGGAAGUGGUCAACCAUUAGGAACAACGGCACCAGUAACCAGACCAGGUCAACCUCUUGGCACAACUGCUGGAACAACGGCACCACCCUCAGGACCUGAACAACCUUCAGCAACAACAGCAUUGACAACAGCACCGCCACAAGGACCAGGACAGCCAUCAGGCACAACACCAAGAACAACAGUGGUCUCACCAGGAACUGGUCAACCGAUUGGAACAACAUCAGGUACCAGAACACCACCAUCAGGAGUGACAACAGCACCUCCAGGACCUGGACAGCCAUCUGGGACAACUUUUGGUACAACUGCGCAACCAUCAGGGCGUGAAACACCAUCUGGCACCACAGCAGGGACAACGGCACCAAUCCCGGGAACUGGUCAGCCAUCAGGGUCGACUACAGGAACAACAGCACCACCAUCUGGGCCUGGCCAACCAGUGGGAACGACAGUUGGUACAACUGGGCCUCCACCAAAACCAGGAACUCCAGCCAGUACUACUGUAGACACCACAGCGCCCCCAUCAGGACCUGGUCAACCACUUGGCACAACACCAAAAACAACAGCACCACAACCAAGCCCUGAUCAACCAAUUGGUACGACAGCUGGAACAACAGGUUCACCGCCGGGCCCUGGUCAACCAUCAGGAACGACGCCAACAACAACAGGCCCCCCAACUGGCCCAAGUCAACCCCUGGGUACAACACCAAGAACAUCUGUACCACCACCAGGACCAGGUCAACCAUCAGGAACAACACCAAGAACGACAGGACCCCCAUCUGGACCAGAACAACCAACUCAAACAGCAGAAGGAACAACAGCUCCACCUUCUGGUCCCAGUCAACCCUCUGGCACAACAGCAGCAACGACAGCACCACCACCUGGACAGCCUUCUGGCACAACAGCUGCUACAACAGCACCACCACCUGGAUCUGGUCAACCUUCUGUAACAACACCAAAAACAACAGGACCCAACUCUGCAACGACCGCAGCAAUUACUCUACCCCCCUCUGGUACAACAGCGGCCUCACCAGGGCCUGAACAGCCUGCUGCAACGACUGCAGCAACAACCGCACCACCACCAGGGCCUGAACAAACACCAGGAACUACGCCCAGAACAUCAGUUCCACCACCAGGACCAGGUCAGCCAUCAGGAACAACACCAAGAACAACAGGAGCACCACCAGGAUCAGAACAACCAUCUGUAACAGAAGGAACAACUGCACCCCCUCCAGGACCUGAACAACCAGCAGGAACAACACCAAAUACAACAGGACCAACCCCCCGACCUGGGCAACCAACUGGCUCAACAGGAGGAACAACAGUCACACCAUCUGGUCCUGGCCAACCUUCUGGCACAACAGUAGCAACGACGGCACUACCCCCAGGAUCUGGACAGCCUUCUUUAACAACACCAAAAACAACAGGACCACCCUCAGAAACAACUAGAGCGAUUACUCUCCCUCCUACAGAGACUGCACCAGGGCCUGGACAGCCAUCAGGCACAACACCACUGACAUCAGGCACUCAACAGACUAUUGCAACUACUACAGCCCCUACAGAACCAGGACAGCCAUCUGGGACAACAGUGGGAUCAACACCGCCAGGACCAGGACAACCAUCUGGAACCACAGCAGGAACAACAGCUCCACCAUCAGGGCCAGGACAACCUUCUGGAACAACAGCAAAGACAACAGCACCCCCCACUGGUCCAGGACAACCUUCAAGAUCAACAGCCACUCCAUCUGAAACAGAACGACCCGUUACAACUCCAGCUCUACCAACAGUAUCACCUGGGCCACCAUCACCCACAACAGAAAUGACCACAACACAACCAUCAGGCUCAGCGCAACCGUCUGGGACAACUGUGGGAACAACACCCCUCCCAUUAAUAACAGCACCAUCUAGUACACCGGAAACGCCAUUAAAAUCGGGACCCUGCACAGAAUGUUAUUGUGGCCCAAGAAUGGACCCUGAGACAGGGCUUAAUAUAAUCUCAUGCCAGCCUAUUGUCUGUGACACGACCUGCGCUGAGGGUUAUGAGUAUGAACCUGAUCCAGUCAUGUGCUGUGGAAAGUGUGUCCAGAAGAGCUGUGUUGUUACUGCACCAGAUAAUUCUACACUCUUCAUUCGGGUCAACGAAACGUAUGUUUCCCCUGAUGAUCCAUGUGUCAAAUACACUUGUGAUAAGAUCGGUGAUACACUGAUGACGACUGAGAUUGUCAAGUCCUGUCCACCCUUCAACCCUGAUGACUGUGAACCUGGCACAGAGACGACUGAUGCUGACGGAUGCUGCAAGUCUUGCAAGCUGCGCAGUGUCUGUGAGGUAGAGACUGAAGAGAUCAUCCUGGAGACUGACAAGUGUAGAACAACUGUGCCGGUCAGCGUCACCUCCUGUGCAGGCCACUGUGGAAGCACAUCUAUAUAUUCUGCUGCAGCCAACUCCAUGAUGCACCAGUGUGAGUGUUGCCAAGAGGACGCUACCAGUCAGAGGCAGGUGGAGAUGACCUGCGAGGAUGGAACCAAGAUCCAGCACACCUACACCGUGGUGGAAUCAUGCCGCUGCACCAAAGCUGAGUGUGUGCCAGGGACCACAGCACGACCACGCCGCAGGAGACGAUGAGCACCGACAUACUGAGCGCCGUGAAUGACGACAAUGAAAGACACGCCUUAAAUCACAAUCUUUGACUCAACUUUUUAGACUUUACUUUUUGUUCUGUCAUUUUGGACAGGGUGUGAUGUCUCUCUCAAUUUUCUUUAAAAUCAUGAUUAUUAAAAUUA